AUGUCUUUCUAUCCUGGCUCUGGCGGCUACGGUGCGCAACAGCACGGUGGUUAUGGCUACCCUCCUCAAUCACACUCACCACAACCAUACCCUCCCCAAGGCUACUCUCAAGGAUAUCCUCCUCAAGCACAUUCUCCCCAGCCAUAUCCUGCUCAAGGUUAUGGAGCUCCUGGUGGUUUCAGUCAACCUCCACCACAGGUGGCUCCUUACGGCUACAACAACCCACCUCCACCACAGCAAGGCGGAUAUGGCGGGUAUGGAUCUCCUCCUCCCCAGCCAAAUGGCUACCCAGGCCCUCGACCGGGGAUGCCUUAUGCCAAUUCCUACGCACAAGGCAACCAACAUGGCCGCCCUCCUCCACCUCCUACGGCACCACAACAGUUCGGCCACGGAGCCCCUCCUGAAUAUAGCUUCCAAUACUCCAACUGCACAGGGAAACGCAAGGCACUGCUGAUAGGCAUCAAUUAUUUUGGCCAGAGGGGUCAACUCCGAGGAUGCAUCAACGAUGUCAAGAACAUGUCCACCUAUUUGAACCAGAACUUUGGCUAUGCUAGAGAAGACAUGGUGAUUUUGACCGACGAUCAACAGAACCCAAUGUCGCAGCCUACAAAAGCCAACAUACUCCGAGCCAUGCACUGGCUGGUCAAAGACGCUCGGCCCAAUGACUCGCUGUUCUUUCACUAUAGCGGUCACGGUGGCCAGACACCCGACCUGGACGGAGACGAAGAAGACGGCUACGACGAGGUGAUCUAUCCUGUGGAUUUCCGGACGGCAGGACAUAUCGUGGACGACGAAAUGCAUCGUAUCAUGGUCAAACCACUCCAGCCUGGCGUCCGGCUCACUGCCAUUUUCGACUCGUGCCAUUCCGGGUCCGCCCUCGAUCUCCCGUACAUCUACUCGACUCAAGGAGUGCUCAAAGAACCCAACUUGGCCAAGGAAGCCGGUCAAGGCCUCUUGUCCAUUGUUUCAUCUUAUGCUCGUGGCGACUUGAGCGGGAUGGCCUCGUCAGCGAUGGGGCUGUUCAAGCGGGCUGCCACAGGAAAUGCCGUCUACGAACGAAACAAGCAGACCAAGACCAGUCCUGCCGAUGUGAUCAUGUGGUCUGGCAGCAAAGAUGAGCAGACUAGCCAGGAUGCCAACAUUGGGGGCGAAGCCACGGGAGCCAUGAGCUGGGCUUUUGUGACUGCGUUGAAGAAGAAUCCCCACCAGAGCUAUGUGCAAUUGCUGAACAGCAUCCGAGACGAAUUGGCUGCAAAGUAUACGCAGAAGCCUCAGUUGAGCUGUUCACACCCACUCAACACUGACCUCCUCUAUGUGAUGUAA